AUGAUCAAAGUCUGCCACCGCAACCUGGACAUCGAGCGCCCUACCUACACGAACCUCAACUGGCUCAUCGACCAGAUUGUGUCCUCCAUCACCGCCUCGCUGCAUUUUGAUGGCGCCCUCAAUGUGGACCUCACGGAGUUCCAGACAAAUCUGGUGCCCUACCCCCGUAUCUACUUUCCGCUGGUGACUUACUCACCCAUCGUCUCAGCUGAAAAGGCCUACCACGAGCAGCUCUCAGUGGCAGAGAUCACCAAUGCCUGCUUUGAACCUUCCAAUCAGAUGGUCAAGUGUGACCCUCACCAUGGCAAGUACAUGGCCUGCUGCGUGCUCUACCGUGGAGAAGUGGUGCCCAAGGAUGUGAACGCUGCCAUCGCUACUAUCAAGACCAAGUGCAGCAUCCAGUUUGUGGACUGGUGUCCCACAGGUUUCAAGGUUGGCAUCAACUACCAGCGCCCCACAGUGGUGCCUGGGGGUGACCUAGCCAAGGUGCAGAGGGCAGUCUGCAUGCUAAGCAAUACCACAGCCAUCGCUGAGGCCUGGGCCUGCCUCCACCACAAGUUCGACCUGAUGUUUGCCAAGCGGGCAUUUAUGCACUGGUACGUGGGCAAGGGCAUGGAGGAAGGGGAGUUCACUGAGGCUCGAGAGGACCUGGCUGCUCUGGAGAAGGAUUACGAAGAAGUAAGCACAGAGUCUACGGAUGGAGAAGAUGACAAAUCAAGAGUGAAAUGGAAAAAAAAAAAGAGAUCAGAACAGCAAGAAAAGAUUCUGCCAGAGAUCACAAGAUCCCUGAGGAACUCUCAGAAAUAG